AUGGAUAGCCCGCGCAUCCUCUUCAUCGAUGCUUACGACUCCUUCAGCAACAACAUCGUCUCUCUCCUAACGACUGUCCUGGACGCCGAAGUUGAUAUCCUACCCAUCGACCCGCCUCAUCUCAACCCCAAAAAUCCAAGCUUCAAAGACGACCUAAGCAGCGAACUUCGCCGCUAUGACGCCGUGGUAUGCGGCCCGGGCCCCGGCUCGCCCGGCGUGGACCAGGAUGUCGGACUGAUGAAGCAUGUCUGGGAUCUCGGAGCCAAGGACAUGGUUCCCAUCCUGGGCAUCUGUCUGGGGUUUCAGAGCCUGGUAGUCAGCUGCGGCGGGUUGGUCAAGAAGCUUAGAACCGGCCUUCACGGCAUGAUUCGCGCCAUCGAUCACCUGAAUGAAGGAUCCAGCCAGCAAGACGGGAACAUAUUUUAUGGAGUCCCUCCUUUCAAGGCUACUUUGUACCACAGUCUUCAUGCUGAUAUCGGACAAGAGUCGAUUCUCGCUGAGAAUUGGACCGAAUCUCGAUGGAAAUCCCUGGCUCAUCUGCCUGAUAUUGUGCCCCUGGCGUGGACGUACGAGGACCGAGGCGAUGUGACGGAGCGUAUUCUCAUGGGAUUGAAGCACAGAAGGAAACCCUCGUGGGGUCUGCAGUACCACCCUGAAUCGAUUUGCACCGAGAGUACGGGUCACCAGGUCAUCCGAAACUGGUUCGACGCAGCACUGCGGUGGAAUCGCGAGGCCGGCCGAAAGACCGAUCGCAGCCCCUCUCAAUUUGACGGCACGAAGAAAAUGCGCAGGAUCAGUAUAUGGGACAUUGACGAGGGCAACACUGCAUUGAAACAGAGCGUGGACAACUUUCGCAUAUGGGCCGACGGCGGCAGCCAGCUUGCCACCUUCGGACUAAACGCCAACCACAUGUCGCGGGUCCUGAACCUCCCAGAACAUAUCGAAGUCCCAGAUCUCGUCGAGAUGAUCCAAGGGGCUGGACGAGAAUACAUCAUUCUCGACUCGGCAAGCGCAAAGGCGGGCAAGAUCGGGGACGAUGUACGAGGUCGGUACAGUAUCAUCGCCCUGGACGUCGACGGGGCGUUGAAGCUGGAGUACAGAACAGGCAACAGACAUGUCACUGCCCGUCUUUCACGAACCGCAGCGCCAUCCCCGCAGACCGUAUCGGAAACGAUCAAGCUGGGUGCGCACCAGACGAUCUGGCAAUUGCUAUCCGAGUUCUGGACCAGGAGGAAGACCCAAGGUGAGGACUAUGCCCCGACGCCAUUCUUGGGCGGCUUCAUGGGCUACUGCACGUACGAGCUUGGUCUGGAGGGUAUCGACGUCAAGUUGCGUGAGCAGAGACGCCAUGAAAGGCCAGAUCUCUGCUUCGCCUGGGUCACCAAGAGUCUUAUCGUCGACCACCUCGACGCUACCGUACGCAUCCAGUGUCUGUCGCAAUCAGAGUCGAUGGCCCAGACAUGGCUCAACUCGGUUGCUGAAGGGCUCUUGGGUUCAUCUAUGUGGUCGCAAGGGCUGCGAAGGGAAGCUACCCAAAACCUGGACAUCGACGAACCGACGCCGCCUCGCACACCUACGACCGAGCCCACCAAGACGCAAAUCCAGAUCCCGGACGCCGACGAAUACGAGGCCAAGGUCCGUCUGUGUCAGGACUACAUCGCCUCGGGCGACUCGUACGAGCUAUGUCUCACAGACCAAACGCUCAUCACCCGCCCAAGGAGCCCCCAAACCACCGACUCCAUCUCCCCCGCUUCCUCCUCCUCCUCCUCCUCCUGGACCCUCUACCGCACCCUCCGCGCCACCCAGCCCGCCCCCUUCGGCUCCUACCUCCGCCUAGGCGGCGCGACCCUAAUCAGCAGCUCGCCGGAGCGGUUCCUCGAGUACGACGCCGCGGGGCUGUGCUCGAUGCGGCCCAUGAAGGGCACAGUGCGCAAGUCCGCUUCGUCAUUAGGAGGAGUAUCGGAAGGAGUAUCGACGCUGGCGCAAGCCGAGCGCAUCCUGCACGUGCCCAAGGAGGAGGCCGAGAACCUGAUGAUCGUCGACCUGGUGCGCCACGACCUGCACGGCGUGUGCGGGCCCGGCCGCGUCGCCGUGCCGCGGUUGUUGGUCGUUGAGGAGUAUGCUAGUGUUUUUCAGAUGGUCAGUGUGGUUGAGGGACGGUUGCCGUUGCCGCAGUUUUCAACAACAACAACAACAACACCAGCUGAGAGUAGUGAUAGUGGUGGAAGUGGUGAGAGACAACAACAGCUCACAGGCCUCGACGUCCUAGCCGCCAGCCUCCCGCCCGGCAGCAUGACCGGCGCGCCCAAGAAGCGCAGCUGCGAGAUCUUACAGGAGGUCGAAGUUGGGGGCCCACACACCCACACCCGCGAGCGCAGCCUGUACUCGGGCGUCGUGGGCUAUAUGGACGUCACGGGCCGCGGCGAUUGGAGCGUCACCAUACGGAGUUUGUUGCGAUGGGACGACGAGGAGGUCGUUUAUAUUCCUGUUCCCAGAAACGCCCACGCUGGCUGCGGGGACAACGGCGUUGAGGGUCAGGAUGGAGACCGGAGUAAAGAUGAGAAUGGGGUAGGGGAUAGGAGUGGCAAGGGUCACCGGCAGAGACAGGAGCUGGAGGUAUGGCAUAUAGGCGCCGGCGGUGCCGUGACGGCGCUGAGCACGCCGGAGGGCGAGAGGGAGGAGAUGUUCACCAAGCUCAAGGGGCCGCUGGGUGUUUUUGAGCGGUUCUGA